CAAAGCGUCUGUUGUACUCGUGUUAGCUCAUCAUGAUGUGAGUUUUUGUCAUAAGCGAUUGGAAAAACACGACAGAUGGAUCCCAGGAGAAAGUGAAGCUAUAUUAAUCAGUCGUUUGGAAUCAACUAUUCAGUAUUUCUUGUCGAUUUAUUUCCCACGUGUUAGCCAGCUGCCCGUGUCGCCCCGCCAUGGCCCAGCAGGACCAGAAGCCCGCUGCCCUGCUCUCCCACUUCACGGUGGGCUCUGUGUCGGAGGAGAACUCUGAGGACGAGGUGCUGGGGAGGCAGGAGGAAAAGGAGCGCUCCCUGUCCCCCUCCUCCUCCAUCAGCUCCGACAGCACCUUCGAGAUGGGCUUCGACCACGUGGACGGGCCUCUGCAUAACCUGAGUCUGUCACACAGGCCCAGCAUGUCGGGGCUGCACCUGGUGAAGCAGGGUAGAGACCGCCGCCGCAUGGACCUGCAGAGGGACUUCACCGUCGCCUCCCCGGCAGAGUUUGUCACACGCUUCGGGGGCAACAAGGUCAUCGAGAAGGUCCUCAUCGCCAACAACGGCAUUGCCGCGGUGAAGUGCAUGCGCUCCAUCCGCCGCUGGUCGUACGAGAUGUUCCGCAAUGAGAGGGCCAUCCGCUUCGUCGUCAUGGUAACCCCGGAAGACCUAAAAGCCAAUGCAGAGUACAUAAAAAUGGCAGACCAUUAUGUUCCUGUUCCCGGAGGGACCAACAACAAUAAUUAUGCCAACGUGGAGCUCAUUCUGGACAUCGCUAAACGCAUCCCUGUGCAGGCGGUGUGGGCUGGGUGGGGUCACGCGUCAGAGAACCCCAAACUCCCUGAACUGCUUCAUAAGAACGGCAUCGCCUUCAUGGGUCCUCCUAGCCAGGCCAUGUGGGCUCUGGGGGACAAGAUCGCCUCGUCCAUCGUGGCCCAGACAGCUGGGAUCCCCACCUUACCCUGGAGCGGGAGAGGUCUGACAGUGGAGUGGACAGAGAGUGACCAGAAGAAGAGGGUGAUCAAUGUUCCUCCGGAGGUGUAUGACCUGGGCUGCAUCCAGGAUGUGGAGGCAGGAUUGAAGGCUGCAGAGGAGGUGGGCUACCCUGUGAUGGUGAAAGCUUCGGAGGGCGGCGGAGGGAAGGGCAUCCGCAAGGUCAACACAGCAGAUGACUUCCCCAACCUCUUCAGACAGGUCCAGGCGGAGGUUCCGGGCUCGCCCAUCUUCGUGAUGCAGCUGGCCAAGCACGCUCGGCACCUGGAGGUUCAGAUCCUGGCCGACCAGUACGGCAACGCCAUCUCCCUGUUUGGCCGGGACUGCUCAGUGCAGCGACGCCACCAGAAGAUCAUUGAGGAAGCUCCUGCCACCAUCGCUAAUGGAGACGUGUUUGAGGAUAUGGAGAGGUGUGCGGUGAAGCUGGCUAAGAUGGUGGGCUAUGUGAGUGCUGGGACGGUGGAGUAUCUAUACAGCCCAGACAGCAGCUUCUACUUCCUGGAGCUGAACCCCCGCCUGCAGGUGGAACACCCUUGCACCGAGAUGGUGGCUGACGUCAACCUGCCCGCCGCACAGCUGCAGAUCGCCAUGGGGAUCCCCCUGAACCGGAUCAAGGACAUCCGGAUGCUGUACGGGGUGCAGCCCUGGGGAGACUGUCCCAUCGACUUCGAGGCUCUGUCCACCUCCCCCUCACCCCGGGGACAUGUCAUUGCCGCCCGCAUCACCAGCGAGAACCCAGACGAGGGUUUCAAGCCCAGUUCCGGCACUGUUCAGGAGCUGAACUUCCGCAGCAACAAGAACGUGUGGGGCUACUUCAGCGUGGCGGCGGCCGGGGGGCUGCACGAGUUCGCUGACUCCCAGUUUGGACACUGCUUCUCCUGGGGGGAGAACCGGGAGGAGGCCAUCUCGAAUAUGGUGGUGGCUCUGAAAGAGCUGUCUAUCCGAGGAGAUUUCAGGACCACGGUGGAGUAUCUCAUCAAGCUGUUGGAGACAGAGAGCUUCCAACACAACAGCAUUGACACUGGCUGGCUGGACCGACUUAUCUCUGAGAAGAUGCAGGCGGAGCGUCCAGACACCAUGCUGGGCAUCGUAAGCGGGGCUCUCCAUGUUGCUGACUCCAACCUCAGGAACAGCGUCUCCAACUUCCUGCAUUCUCUGGAAAGGGGCCAGGUCCUCCCAGCCCACACGCUGCUCAACACUGUAGAGGUGGAGCUCAUCUACGAGGGAACCAAGUACAUCCUGAAGGUGACCCGCCAGUCCCCCAGCUCCUACGUGGUGAUCAUGAACCACUCCCUGGUAGAGGUGGACGUGCACAGGCUGAGCGACGGAGGUGUGCUGCUGUCCUACGAUGGCAGCAGCUACACCACCUACAUGAAGGAGGAGGUGGACAGGUACCGUGUCACCAUAGGGAACAAGACGUGUGUGUUUGAGCGAGAGAACGACCCGUCUGUGUUGCGUUCACCGUCGGCAGGGAAGUUGAUCCAGUACAGCGUGGAAGAUGGAGGACACGUGUUCUCUGGACAGUGCUAUGCCGAGAUAGAGGUGAUGAAGAUGGUUAUGACUUUAACAGCAGCAGAGUCGGGGUGUAUCCACUACGUGAAGCGUGCUGGGGCGGUGCUGGAGCCCGGCUGUGUGAUCGCUAAACUGCAGCUGGACGACCCCAGCAGAGUCCAGCAGGCGGAGCUCCACACAGGCCCCCUGCCGUGUAUCCAGGCUGUGGCUCUGAGAGGAGAGAAGCUACACAGAGUGUUCCACAGCACUCUGGACCACCUGGUCCACAUCAUGAGUGGAUACUGUCUGCCUGAGCCCUUCUACAGCACCAAGCUGAAGGAGUGGGUGGAGCGUCUGAUGAAGACCCUGCGCGACCCCUCGCUGCCCCUCCUGGAGCUGCAGGACAUCAUGACCAGUGUGUCUGGACGCGUCCCCCCCGCCGUGGACAAGGCUAUCAGGAAGGAGAUGGCCCAGUACGCCAGCAACAUCACAUCCGUGCUCUGCCAGUUCCCCAGCCAGCAGAUCGCUAACAUCCUGGACAGCCAUGCUGCCACCCUGAACAGGAAGUCAGAAAGGGAGGUGUUCUUCAUGAACACCCAGAGCAUUGUCCAGUUGGUGCAGAAGUACCGCAGUGGGAUUCGGGGCCACAUGAAGGCAGUGGUGAUGGACCUUCUCAGACAGUACCUCAAAGUAGAGGUCCAGUUCCAGAAUGGACACUAUGACAAGUGUGUGUUCAUGCUGCGUGAGGAGAACAAGGGGGACAUGGCCACCGUGCUCAACUACAUCUUCUCCCAUGCUCAGGUCACCAAGAAGAACCUGCUGGUCACCAUGCUCAUCGACCAGUUGUGUGGCAGGGAUCCCACCCUGACAGACGAGCUGAUGACCAUCUUGACUGAGCUCACCCAGCUCAGCAAGACCACCAACGCCAAGGUGGCCCUGCGGGCACGCCAGGUGCUCAUUGCCUCCCACCUCCCCUCCUAUGAGCUGAGACACAACCAGGUGGAGUCCAUCUUUCUCUCUGCCAUCGACAUGUACGGACACCAGUUCUGCAUCGAGAACCUGCAGAAACUCAUCCUGUCGGAGACGUCCAUCUUUGAUGUGCUGCCCAACUUCUUCUACCACAGCAACCAGGUAGUGAGGAUGGCUGCCUUGGAGGUGUACGUGCGGAGAGCCUACAUUGCCUACGAGCUGAACAGUGUCCAGCAUCGGCAGCUGAAAGACAACACCUGCAUUGUAGAAUUCCAAUUCAUGCUGCCCACCUCUCACCCCAACAGAGGGAACAUCCCCACUCUAAACAGGAGGUUGCCUGCUCCUGUGGCUGGCAGGAAGGCUGAGGCCAGCAGAGCGCUGGCUGCUAGCACUCUCACAGAGGGGCUGAAGGAGGAGAGACCUCCAGCUGGCAGCUCUGAGGACAGAAUGUCUUUCUCGUCCAACCUGAACCACUAUGGGGUGGUGAGCGUGACGGAUGUGCUGCUGGACACCUCCUUCACCCCGCCCUGCCAGCGCAUGGGCGCCAUGGUGUCCUUCCGCUCCUUCCAGGAGUUCUGCAGGAACAUUAAAGAUGUUAUGAGCUGCUUCUCUGACUCUCCUCCCCCCAGCCCCACCUUCCCUGAGGGGGGCAAUCCUGUGCUGUACGGAGAGGAGGACAGCAAGGGCAUUCAGGACGAGCCCAUCCACAUCCUAAACAUUGCCAUCAAGACUGACAGUGACAUCGAUGAUGACGGCCUAGCCUCCAUGUUCAGAGAGUUCACCCAGUCCAAGAAAUCCCUGCUGAUCGAACAUGGCAUCCGUAGACUGACCUUCCUUGUGGCGCAGAAGGAUUUCAGGAAGCAGGUGAACUGUGAGGUCGACCAGAGGUUUCAUAGAGAGUUCCCUAAGUUCUUCACCUUCCGUGCCAGAGACAAGUUCGAGGAGGACAGGAUCUACCGUCACCUGGAGCCGGCUCUUGCCUUCCAGCUGGAGCUGAACCGCAUGAGGAACUUUGCCCUGACUGCCAUCCCCUGUGCCAACCACAAGAUGCACCUGUACCUGGGUGCCGCCCGCGUGGAGGUGGGCACCGAGGUCACGGACUACCGCUUCUUUGUGAGGGCCAUCAUCCGCCACUCAGACCUGGUUACCAAGGAAGCCUCGUUUGAGUACCUCCACAACGAGGCUGAGCGGCUGCUGUUGGAGGCCAUGGAUGAGCUGGAGGUGGCGUUCAACAACACCACCGUCCGUACAGACUGCAACCACAUCUUCCUCAACUUUGUCCCCACCGUCAUCAUGGACCCCUCCAAGAUCGAGGAGUCGGUGCGCUCCAUGGUGAUGCGCUACGGUAGCCGCCUGUGGAAGCUGCGCGUGCUGCAGGCUGAACUGAAGAUCAACAUCCGGCUGACACCCACGGGGAAGCAGAUCCCCAUCCGGCUGUUCCUCACCAACGAGUCUGGAUACUACCUGGACAUCAGCCUGUACAAGGAGGUCACUGACUCCCGCACCGGACAGGUGGGGCCCAAAGACCGUCAGAUCAUGUUCCAGGCGUAUGGGGACAAGCAGGGGCCCCUGCAUGGCAUGCUCAUCAACACCCCGUACGUCACCAAGGACCUGCUGCAGUCCAAGCGCUUCCAGGCCCAGUCUCUGGGGACCACCUAUGUGUACGACUUCCCUGAGAUGGUCAGGCAGGCUCUGAAGAAACUGUGGCACUCCUGCCAGGCGCAGGCCCACCUGCCUCCCUGCCCCCUGCCCUCAGAGCUGCUCAGCUUCACUGAGCUGGUGCUGGAUGCUCAGGGCCAGCUGGUGCAGAUGAACCGCCUACCCGGGGGCAACGAGAUCGGCAUGGUAGCAUGGAGGAUGACCCUGCGGACUCCGGAGUACCCGUCCGGGCGCGAGGUGGUAGUCAUUAGCAACGACAUCACACACAAGAUCGGCUCGUUCGGGCCCCAGGAGGACGCCCUGUUCCUGCAGGCCUCGGAGAUGUCUCGUGCCAGUGCCAUCCCACGCAUCUACAUCGCUGCCAACAGCGGCGCCCGCAUCGGCCUGGCGGAGGAGAUCAGACACAUGUUCCAUGUGGCCUGGCAUGACCCAGCUGACCCCUACAAGGGCUUCAAGUACCUGUACCUGACCCCCCAGGACUACAAGAAGGUGUCGGCCCUCAACUCUGUCCACUGUGAGCAUGUGGAGGAUGAAGGAGAGUCCAGGUACAAGAUCACUGACAUCAUUGGCAAGGAGGAGGGGCUGGGGGUAGAGAACCUGAAGGGUUCUGGGAUGAUUGCAGGAGAAUCCUCCCUGGCCUACGAUGAGGUCAUCACCAUGAACCUGGUGACCUGCAGAGCCAUAGGGAUCGGGGCCUACCUGGUGCGGCUGGGCCAGAGGACCAUUCAGGUGGAAAACUCUCACAUCAUCCUCACUGGCGCCGGAGCGCUCAACAAGGUGCUGGGCAGGGAGGUGUACACCUCUAACAACCAGCUGGGUGGAGUGCAGAUCAUGCACAACAACGGUGUGACCCACAGCACGGUGUGCGACGACUUCGAGGGUGUGUUCACCCUCCUGCAGUGGCUCUCCUACAUGCCCAAGUGUGCGUCCAGUCCGGUGCCCAUCCUCAAGGCCAAGGACCCCAUCGACCGGCUGGUUGAGUUCCUGCCGACCAAGGCUCCCUACGACCCCCGCUGGAUGCUGGCUGGCCGCCCCAGCCAGACUCCUAAGGGUUCCUGGCAGAGCGGCUUCUUUGACCACGGCUCUUUCAUGGAGAUCAUGCAGCCCUGGGCUCAGAGUGUGGUGGUGGGCAGGGCCAGGCUGGGGGGCAUACCCACGGGAGUGGUUGCCGUGGAAACCAGAUCAGUGGAGCUGUCGAUCCCGGCCGACCCGGCCAACCUGGACUCAGAGGCCAAGAUCAUCCAGCAGGCGGGCCAGGUGUGGUUCCCAGACUCGGCCUUCAAGACUGCCCAGGCCAUCAGGGACCUGAACCGAGAGGGGCUGCCGCUCAUGGUGUUCGCCAACUGGAGGGGCUUCUCAGGGGGCAUGAAAGACAUGUAUGACCAGGUGCUGAAAUUCGGGGCCUACAUUGUGGACGGUCUGAGGGAGUACCGGCAGCCGGUACUGGUGUACAUCCCCCCCCAGGCUGAGCUCCGGGGGGGCUCCUGGGUGGUCAUAGACCCCACCAUCAACCCCCGGCACAUGGAGAUGUAUGCUGACAAGGACAGCCGAGGUGGGGUUCUGGAGCCUGAAGGAACAGUGGAGAUCAAGUUCAGGAAGAAGGAUCUGGUAAAGACCAUGAGGAGAGUGGAUCCUGUCUACACAGGUCUGGCAGAGAAGCUGGGAACCCCAGAGCUGAGCCAAGCUGAGAGGAAGGAGCUCGAGUCGAAGCUGAAGGAGCGAGAGGAGUUCCUGCUCCCUAUCUACCACCAGGUGGCGGUACAGUUCGCUGACCUCCACGACACGCCCGGCCGCAUGCAGGAGAAGGGCGUGAUCACUGACAUCCUGGAGUGGAGGACGUCACGUCAGUUCUUCUACUGGCGGCUGCGGCGCCUCCUGCUGGAGGACACAGUGAAGAGGAAGAUCCAGCAGGCCAACACAGAGCUGACCGACGGACAGAUCCAGGCCAUGCUGCGCCGCUGGUUCGUGGAGGCCGAGGGGGCCGUGAAGGCGUACCUGUGGGACAGUAAUGAGGAGGUGGUGGAGUGGCUGGAGCGACAGCUCUGUGAGGACGAGGGCGCCAGGUCGGUGGUGGACGAGAACAUCAAGUACAUCCGGCGAGACCACAUCCUCAAACACAUACGCAGCCUGGUGCAAGCCAACCCAGAGGUAGCCAUGGACUCCAUCGUGCACAUGACGCAGCACAUCUCUCCCACACAGCGGGCCGAGGUGGUGCGCAUCCUGUCCACUAUGGACGCCCCGGCGUCCUCCUAGAGGGGCCCCGCCCAGGCCCCCCUUGCCACAAAACCAGGACCCCCCACUGCUCCUUCACUGGAACUGCUGGAAUCUGGGUCUGGAGGACCCAACAUGUCCACCAGGGCUGAGCUGUUACUGAAGGGACUGUGGGCAGUGAUUCUAAAGGGGGGAGAGACAGUGGAGAUCUGCUGGGGCCUGAAUUUACUCAUGUCUUACAUGUUUUAGUGUUGUAUGUAUGUAAGUGCAAUUGAAAACUUGUUCAACAAGCAAAGUGGGGAAACAAACUGGUUGUAAACCAACUAAUGUGGAUGACUGACAAGCCAGUGUGAUGCGAUAGAAAACAACAAUUGACGCACUUAUAGCUUCUGGCUUGAUGGUGAGGCACAAUGCAUGUCACGAAAGAAAAGCUAGCUUUCAGAUAGACCAAGGCUGCUUUAAAUGGGUCGAGAGAUUUAAUGGAACUGACCUUGAAUAUGGAACUGACCUUGAAUAUGAACUAGUUUUAGAUUGCUGGGAGGGUCAGUGGGAGUUGACAUGGGAGCUCUUGAUUAUGGUCAACCACAGGAGCGAGGUGGGUCCGCUCGGCAGGGGAGGUGUUAGCUGGCUGGACAGAAGAGAGAUGCAGGAUGCAGGGAGCUCGCCCCAUUCAGAUCUAACGCCCCCUCAGGUGUCCUGGGGUUCAGAUCUAACGCCCCCUCAGAGAGACAACUAACCACAGCUGUCUCUUCUGUUCCCUCCCUGCUGGUUAGGGCUAACUCGUGCUAACUCUAACCCUGGCUAACUCUAACCCUGGCUCUCUAACCCUGUUCCACCCCAAGGCAGCUUGCUUGGUAGAAUGGGACACACUACAGCCGGGUGGAAUAUGGGUGAUAGGCCCACUGUGGCUACUGUCCAUUAGCUAUCCUCAACUAAAGAAUCUGGAGGGGAAAAUAAAUUACGACCUAUUCAGUUUUGUUACUUAUUUAGAAAAUAAUUUUAAAUAUCAUUGUGACAAAUUUAUCACAUCAGUCAUAAAGGAACAUGGUACUGUACACUAACCCAUCAGUGUGAAGUUCUGCGAAUUAGUUUUAUUUUCUGUAGUAAUUUUUUGACCGUUGUAACGUUCUGUAUGUGACAAGCUUUUUUCAAUCAUGACUUUCCAAGGAGAAAAUGAGAGUAACGUGUGUAGCAUGCACCUGGUGAGGUCACUGUGGGAGGGUGAUGCAUCCUGGGAACUGUAGUCCCUUGCUCAGAAAUGAAGGCUAGAUGUGCCUGAGAGUUGCAGUCACGUACCAUGAUACUUGAUUCCAUUAAAAGUCUAAAUGUAUUUUUUCCUUGGCUGAAGAUGCGGGAAACUCAUUUGGAAUGUUGACCAGGAGUGCGUGUCGUCCUGUUACUAAUGAGGUGAUUGGCUGAUGGGAGGGAGACUGUGUUUAUGAACUCUGUUCUAAUUUAAUAAAACAAACUUAACUUCCA